AUGGGGCAUCACAAUCACACCGUCGAGUCGGCAAACAACGCGUUCGCACCACCAACACCACCAUCUGCAUCACAGCCUCGUUCGUCGAGGUCCAUCACAACUCUGCGGGACGUGAUCGGCACCACCGCUGCGGCGGGCCGCAAUUUGCACAACACCAACAACAGCAACGACCGCGGUGCUGGCAAUUGCACCGGCGCAACCUCGACAAUCGCACCGGUGACGGUCGCAAUGCAGAACGGAACGGCCGUGCCGGACCGUUCGGCCAGCGACUACUAUUACUAUUACGCGUACGAUAACGCUACCGAGACCGCCCUGUUCUUCCCGCUCAACGGCUCUGCGGCCGGCGGACGGACCGGACCGUUCGGGAAAUCCAACUGCCAGUGGAUACCCGCCCAGCAGAGCCUUUUCCAGUUCUCAAACAUUUGUUUCCUGACGGCUUUCAUAGUUCCCAGGAGUUACAAGCUCAGCGUGUUGUCACUGAGGGCGUUGCUGUUCCUAGGGUUUCUGAUUUCGGGUCUUUGGGCAUCCACGGACGUGUGUGCGGUGGAUGCGUUGCUCUGGUACGGAUCACUCGCUCUGAUCAACGGUGUGCACACGCUUAAACUGUGUAAGAAACUCAUGCCACCAGCGCUAUCGGUCGAACUCAUGGAAUUGUACUUGAGGGUGUUCAAGCCGCUCAAAGUCAGCCAGAAACACUUCCGGGAGCUAACGCGGGAGGCGGCCAUCGAGGAAUUGUCCCCCGGCGAGUGUUACGCGGUCGAGGCGGUGACGGCCUGUGAUCAGCGACUGUCUAUUCUACUCAGAGGCAGGUGA